UCACGGGCCCCCGGCGGCUGGCGGUUGGAGAAGCAGUUAGUCGCGCGCUUGCUUCCCCAAGAUGGCGGCGGCUAAGGACAGUUGUGGUUUAGGUGAAGUGGCAGCAGGGAACGGACGGCGGCUCCACCUAGGGAUUCCUGAAGCCGUGUUUGUGGAGGAUGUAGAUUCCUUUAUGAAACAGCCUGGGAAUGAGACUGCAGAUACAGUGCUAAAGAAACUAGAUGAACAAUACCAGAAGUAUAAGUUUAUGGAACUCAACCUUGCUCAAAAGAAAAGGAGGCUAAAAGGUCAGAUUCCUGAAAUUAAGCAGACUUUAGAAAUUCUAAAGUACAUGCAGAAGAAAAAAGAGUCUACCAAUUCACUGGAGACCAGAUUCUUACUGGCAGAUAAUCUGUAUUGCAAAGCUUCAGUUCCUCCUACUGAUAAAGUGUGUCUGUGGUUGGGGGCUAAUGUAAUGCUUGAAUAUGAUAUUGACGAAGCUCAGGCAUUGUUGGAAAAGAAUUUAUCGACUGCCACGAAGAAUCUUGAUUCUCUUGAGGAAGACCUUGACUUUCUUCGAGAUCAGUUUACUACCACAGAAGUCAAUAUGGCCAGGGUUUAUAAUUGGGAUGUAAAAAGAAGAAACAAAGAUGAUUCUACCAAGAACAAAGCAUAAUGAUGACAAUUAAAAAUGUGGUUCAGUUUUCCAAACAUGUUAUUCUAAAUACCCCAAAGUUUAUCCUUAAAGGUUGACGUAACUUUGAAUGAUUUCUUAACAGCAAGAAUGAUAAUUAAAACUUUAAAAAAAGAUAAACCAUUUUAUUUAUAAAAACAAAAUUAGUUUCAAAUAUUUUAUGAAAUUAGAAAUAUUGUAAUUUUUUUCGCAUUUCCAACAAAGUAAAUGCUGCUUUUAUAUUUGUUUUUUAGUCAUAAGAAAAGUCCUACCUGAAAUGGCUUAAAACUGUGAGGUAUGCUAUGGAAGCUGAAUUCUGGACACUUUAGCACGUUUUACUUUUUCUCUUUUGGCUGAUGUUACUCUCACUUGAUGUGGUUAAACCAGUUUAGAAGUAGGAAAAACAAAUCAGUUUGAGUGUUUGCAAACUUGUUUUUCUUUAGUACAUGUGGGGCUUUAUGAUCCUUUGUUACAGUUAUUUGUCUUAUGUAAGUGGAGUUUCACAAAUUACUGCUUAGCCAAUAACUAUUAUAAUAUUCUGUACUUUUCAGGAAAUGGUAAUUUGCCUUCCUAAACAGUAAGAGGGCUAUUGAGACAACGCUUUUUCUUACCUCCUGUAAGUGUACAGUGUCUUUGCAAUGCCAACAUAAGGGAGAUCUCAGCCAACAUGAAAUAACAAAAUUACCCACUCAAAACCCUUGGCUAAGCAAUUUUGUAUUUCUUAACAGUUCUCCAAAGCAGCUGAACAGGAAUAUUAAGAUAAAUAUAAAUCUGCAGUGGUUGAAAAGACUUGUGAGCUUUUUUAUUCAUGAUCAAACCUCAUAGGAAUAGUAGAAAAUCCCUGUGGAAAGCCAUUGGUGCAGUGGUUCAUACUGGGUGUUACAGAUUUUGGUAAAAACACAAAUGUAUUAUUCUGUCUCCAUGUAGUAAAAAGUAUACUUGUACAGUGUUUUGUACUUGUAUUUCAUGAUGUUAAAACUGUAGCAUGGCACCUUUUUUCAUGUUAUCCUUUCUAAAGUUAACAUGGGUCUUUUCACAUAUUUGUAAAGUUUAUUUACUUGCACAUACACCUACUGUGUCCCAAGAAUUUCUUAUGUCUGUAGAAACAACAUAAAAUCCCUUUAAAAGGAAUACAGAUAGGCAAACAAUUAAGGCGUUAAAUCUGAAUGAUACCAAAGUUCCUCGAGUCAGUUUUUGUUUUAUAAUUUUAAAUUCUUGUAUUUUAGAAGUUGAGGUUUAUAAACAUCUUGCGAUAUUAUAAGUGCAAUUUUUCCCCAAACUUUAUUAUGAUAAGUAUAUUGGUACAAAAUGUCCCUGUUCAUAUUAAGACAGGAAUGAUUUGCUCAGAAGAUCUUUAUUUUGUCUUAGUUUAAGUCCCUGAAAAUCUAAAUAGAAUUUUUAGGUGUUCCAGGCAAUAUGAAGGAAUGCAGCUUUUUAGAGAUAGGAAUUACAGAGCAAAAUUAAUUUUUCAACAAAUAUAUAUAAACACCCAGUGUGUGUCAGGAACAGUAUUAGGCUCUCUGUUAAUUAAAUAAAAGAAAGAUAUUUAAAUCUUGCCUCUGCCAGAUCGUUUCUCUUAUAAUGGUUUACAUUUUCAGAAUAACGUAACCGUCCUGAUUUGACACAAUAUUUUCAAGGUUAAUCUUAAUAUUAGUACAGUAUACCCAGAGAGGAUAUGGGCAAAAGAUUGACUACAAAACUUGAUGCCAAGUAACAAAUAUGUUGGAAAUGCAACUAAAAUUUAACUUUUUCCAUCAUGAAACAGCUGUUCAUUUGAGAACAUUUAGAAAAUAGGAGGAAGAAAAGACAUUUAAGUUCCACUUACAGUCCCCCUUAACAUUUCUGUGUCUUUCUUUUUAUAUGCAUAGAUUUUUUUAAAAAAAUAAUUGAAAAAAUUGUCUUUAUAGUUUUUAUCCUACUUUCUUUACUUAACAUAAAAUUUGCUUAUUAUAUAAUACUAUUAUGUUAACAUUAUUUUACUAGUAUCAUUGCACUAUUCUAAUGGGUGAGUAUAGUAAACUGUGAUUCACAGUUAGACAUUUGGGUUGUUGUUAAAUUUUGUUCUCUAUUAAAAGUAACAAAUGAUCCAGGAGUUUACAUUUUUACAUAAGGCUUUUUCUUGUAUUUAGGAUUUUUCCUGAGACUAGAUUACUGAAAAUGGAAUUAAGAAGUCAAAGAUUAUAGCGUUUUAUUUUCUGGGGUUGACUGAGAGUAGUUUUGUCAAUAGUGAUAGCAGGGGAUGAUGGAAGGCACAAUUUAUCACCCCUGCUUGUCCCUCCCAUCCUCUUCCAUAUAGACACUGAUGGCUGCAGAAGCAAGGACCUUAUUCAAGGCCGAGUAGCCAGAAUGAGACCCAGAUUCAGCUCCUGGGCCAAUUUCCUCUGUACCAUGAUGCCUUGCUCUUUUAUUUAGAAAUAGCUAAUAACUAAGUUUGAUAAAAAUGUUAAGUUCAAUCCCUCAACAAAUGAGUGCUCUCCUUUCUCUGUAUGUUUGCUAUUCUCUGCCCUAAACCUCAGUGAUACCUUUAAUGGUCUUGAACCAUUUCUUAAAAGUUUGUCUUAGUUGGUUCUAAUCCUAUAAUCCUUUGAUAGCCAUGUCUGUGCCUAUUUGGUGCUAAUGUGGGAUUAUGUUGUCUGUGAAGACACUGCUGAAGACAUGUGCAACACCCGUCACAGCUAGUGUUGGGUUCAACUACACAUUUAAACUCUCAAGAUCUGGAUAGGCCAUGUCUGACACCAGUUUACUCUGAAGGACAUGGGACAGGCAAGACACCAAGGGGUGGCUUUGGGCACAAUUCUUCUGUGGGAAUUCUUGCAGCAGUUCCCACAGACUACACAGAUGGGUACAAGAGCCACCCUGGCUUAGAAGCCAUAAGGGACCACUCUGCAACAGUCCCUUGUGCAUAGGCUGGGUCCCAGCCAGGGACAGAGCCCAGGAACAAGAGGUAUACCGUGCUCGGGGAGCCUGAGCUGUGACUCCUAGCAGGUUCUCCCAGCCCAGAUGCAGGGUACCACCCAGGGCUUUUGACCAGAAGCUGGCUCCCUUGGUUACACAGCUGACAGUCCACUUUCAUCAGAUUUCCAGGGAAACCCAGCUUAAAAGCUGAUCCAAGAUCAGUUCCCCACCUCAAAUGAAGAAGGGGUUUUGAACACCUCUCAUAACCUGUUGAAUCUUGCACAAUCCUGGCCCCGUUUUUGACAAUGGCCUACUUGCUUCUCUGGUUCCUUUUCUAGGGCUCCUUAAGUAAUAACUGCCUCUGCAAAAAAAGGUAGUAAUAGUGCAGAUAUUUUAAAGGGCCAGAUUGGGAGCAUUUCUGUCUGGGUUAGGUGAAAGUAAGGCAUCAACUGAGAGAUUUUAUAAUUCUACAAUGGAUUAGAGAGCUUUUUUCCUCCUUGACUGAAAACCAAGUGAUGCCAUAAAUUUAGUGAAACUGUGAAGUCAUUGCAGAGUGACUUUUUAGUUUUGUGGCCAAAACUAGUUGAUAACGUUUUUCAUUUUUACACUUUUUAUUUUGAAAUUUUAUAACUGACUACAACCAGCAUCAUAGAGUAGAUGAGCCUGCUAAUAACUGUAUUUUCUAUAUAUUAAUACCCUUCUGUUGCGAGGGAAUACUCACGUGACCAGUUGUAAGAAGGCAACAGUUUGAGACUGGAAGUGUUUGAGGCUGGAGAAAUUGGUUAAUGUAUUAUGUGCAUAGAGCUGCUUUUCUUGUUUGAGUUGUUAGCAGAUGGCCCAGGAUUCUCAUCUGCACAUGAAAACUCAGUUGUGGAUUGUGCCUCAAAAGCUCAAUUAAAGAAUUUCUGUUUGUGUCCCUC